AAGUUACUUGCUAGUUACUAGUUAAGGUGCUAGUUAAGUUACAGCUAGUAAAUGUCUGAGUCCGAAUUUGAACAUAGAUCUUCCUUUCUUCAGGACCAGUACUCUAUUCACCGCAGAAAGUGGGAUGUUAGCUGAGACUUGGGGAUGGGAAUUCAUUAAUUUUUAAUAGUUUGAUAAUUGCAUAUCAGUAUCAUUGGUUUCCUUUGUAAUCCCGUGAAUGUCAUUUCGUGCAUUUAAAAAGACUGUUCAGAGAAGGGGCCCAUAGCUUCUCCAGGCUGCCAGGGGGUCCAGGACACUGAAAAGGUCAGGCGCCCUGACUUUAAGCAGUCCCACUGUCCUCUCGGAGCGCCCGAGGGAGGUGCGGCCGGACUUGUCCUUCCGGCCGAGAGGAGGAGCCGCGGCACUCGUAGGCUGCAGCUGGACAGCGAUGGCGGUAGCGCUGCAGAUCCGGGAAGCCAAGGAGGCAGACUGUGGGGACAUCAUGAAGAUGAUUCGGGAAUUAGCAGAAUUUGAGAAACUCUCAGAUCAAGUGAAGAUCAGCGAAGGAGUCCUGAAAACUGAUGGCUUUGGUGAAAAUCCCUUUUAUCACUGUCUGGUGGCUGAGUUUCCUCCAGAGCACAGGGAUCCCCUGGGUUCCACUCUUGCGGGCUAUGGACUCUACUAUUUCACCUAUAGCACGUGGACAGGACGAAAUGUGUACCUGGAAGAUAUCUAUGUGAGGCCGAAAUAUCAGGGUCAGGGGAUUGGUUCCAAGAUUAUCAAGAAAGUGGCUGAGGCUGCCCUAGAGAGAGGCUGCUCCCAGUUACGUUUCGCUGUCCUCGACAACAACAAAAGUGCCAUCGACUUCUACAAGGCCAGGGGGGCCAAAGACCUCACUGUAGCAGAAGGCUGGCAUUUCUUUCAUUUUGACAAUGAAGCCUUGAGAGAGAUGGUGAGAAUGUGAGAUGUCCUGGCUCCUUUAGAAUCCAGGUGUUUCCUUUAGAUCUCCUUUUCCCCUCAGCUCUUAUUAAUAAUACCCUCAGGUAAACUGGAGUCCUUCCUAUGGUCACCUACUUCAAGGGAGGGAAAAAUGGUUGGGAGUUUAAAAUAUCCUAAAGUAAUAAAAUAAAAUAUCACAAAAGGAAGAAAUGUUUCUCCCUCCCCA